AUGCCGGGAGGGCAGCAGCAGUCCCAGACCGGAGACACAGAAGGCACCACAUCCACACAGCAGGCACCGACUGAUUGGAAGUCCCUCGCGGACGCCGCUGCGAACAUACCCAACAACAUGUACGUCUCCAGCGCGGGUUCAGGAACCACACCCACACAGCAGGCACCGACUGAUUGGAAGUCCCUCGCGGACGCCGCUGCGAACAUACCCAACAACAUGUACGUCUCCAGCGCGGGUCCAGGAACCACACCCACACAGCAGGCACCGACUGAUUGGAAGUCAGUGGCGGAUGCCGCUGCGAACAUACCCAACAACAUGUACGUCUCCCGAGCAGAUGCUUAUGGCACGGACAAGAAGACCAAAUGGUUCCGCCUGUGCAAGAGGUUUAUGCAAGCCACAGCCGCUGUGGUCGUUGUGGUCAUCGCCGUACUACUGCCAUACUUUGCAGUUAAGGUGACCAUUCUUGCUGAGAUGGAAAGGGGAUACCUAUGGGGCAGACCCCUCCGUACAAGGCUGGCCCCGCCGGGCCUGUUGGACCUCCGGGCCCACCUGGUCCUCCUAGCUGUUCUGGAGAGAAGGGCCCCAUGGGACCAGCUGGGCCCAUGGGACAGACUGGCAAGAAUGGACUUCCUGGGCCCCCUGGACCUCCGGGAGAAAGGGGGCCCAUGGGCACGGAUGGCCAGCCAGGAGUCCCUGGGCCUCCUGGACUCCCAGGAGAAAAGGGGUCCAUGGGACCGGCUGGAUCCAUGGGACCGGCUGGAUCCAUGGGGCCGGCUGGACCCAUGGGACCUACUGGUAAGGCUGGAGUCCCUGGGCCUCCUGGACUCUCAGGAGAAAAGGGGUCCAAGGGACCGGCUGGACCCAGGGGACCGGCUGGAUCCAGGGGACCGGCUGGACCCAUUGGACGUACUGGUAAGGCUGGAGUCCCUGGGCCUCCUGGACAUCCGGGGCAAAAUGGGCCUAUGGGACCGGCCGGACCCAUGGGACCAACUGGACACAGGGGAGUACGUGGCAAGGCUGGAGUCCCUGGGCCUCCAGGACAUCCGGGACAAAAGGGGCCCAUGGGACCGGCCGGACCCAUGGGACCAACUAGACACAGGGGACAACGUGGCAAGGCUAGAGUCCCUGGACGUCCAGGACCCCCGGGGAGCAGAGGGUCCGUGGGGUCUCCAGGAUUACCGGGACCCAAACCUGCCGGACCACCCGGACGUCCCGACACCGUUCGGGGUAAGCAAGAAGACGUAG